AUGCAGUUGGUCGACCACGCCCUGACUUCUUCUGGCGUUGUUUUCCCGAUGGCAAAGCUCUUUAUGAUAGCCUCGGAGAUGUUAUAUGCCAUGGUGAUAAAAGCGUCAGGGAAGGGCACAAAAGCUUCCCAAGCGGACACACCUCAUGCUUUGUUGCGGGUCUGGGAUUUCUGUCGCUGUACUUAUCUGGGAAGAUACAAGCAUUUGACGGUCUUGUGGCUUCUACGUUCUGCUAUCUUCAAUUCUUCCCACCACCGUAUCACACAAGGUUGGGGACCAUACGCAUACUUCCAAGUGUUGGAGGCGGCGCGGUUGCAAGGAACCGAGAAUGCCGCAACCUCCCCAAGUUAUAAUGGUGAAGAAGAAGAAGACGGCGGGUUUAUGGGUUUGCAUUUGGUGGAUAAUCCGAGUAUGAGGAGAGAAUAA